AUUUAUAGCGUGGUGACAAAUAGUUUCUUAUCAAGCGACCUUGAACUUAAUGAAUAACUUAUAACAACAUAUGAAUGAAUUAGAUGUUCACUUCAUAAAAAGCAAGAUUGUCAACCGACUUGCAGCAACUCAGGCACGGAAACAUCAAUGAUUGACGAUGAUCAGUUUUAUGGUAAUCAUGAGACCCAGGAGUUUGAAGAAGAAGCAGAUCUACACAGACAUUACGCCAACUGUAAAAAAAAUCCGGGUCACAAAGCAUUUAUUCAUAUAGACAAGUUCACCUUAAACCAUCUACCAGCCAACCAUCGAGAUCAGGACUUGUACGAUCUGAUUAAAGCUAUGGCAGGAUUGACAGUUAGAGUAAAUCUAGAAAAGACCAGCCCAAACAGACCAGAGUUUUGGCCAAACACAACAAAACCGUAUCCAUUUUUUAAAGGCAGUAGAUCAGGGACUGGAAUGGCUUGGGAUGUCAUUAAAAAAAUUGAUGAAGAAUAUUUUGAAUCACCGUCAGAUGAAGAUUAUGAAUCGGUGACAGAUGAUGAUGAAGAUAAUGAACCAGGGGCAUGUGACUCUGAACGUAACGAGCCUGUAACGGAUGGAGAUCUAAAUACAGAUCCAGUGCCGAAAGGAGAUGAGCAUAAUAAUGAAGUGAUGAAUGAAGACGAAGAUAAUGAUCACGUGAUAAAUGACGAUGAAGAUAACGACCCAGACAAAGAAUGCACUGUGUGUUGGUGUACAAAUUGUCAAAAGUCACAAUUCCCGAGCAGAAUAUGGUGGGAGUUUGACGUGUACACAGCCACGCAUGUGGUAUUCGAUCCCAUUGAAGCAAGCUACACGUCUUUUCGGCUGUUUUAUGAUAGAGAUGAGAGUCCAAAAGUCAUUAUCGAUAAGGUGAAAGUUGUGGACGCCAAGCCCGACACCGACUUAUGUAGGUUGAGAGGGGUGACAUGUGACGCAAAUGAAGGUCCAAAGUUGUUGGAACUCUGGCAAGAGUAUUACGAUGUCUGGGAACGUGUCUUCGACAAAUAUGAUAAGACCAGAAACGUGGACAGGCUGACCUUUAUAGUGUCACAUCCUCACGGCUGCCCGAAGCAGGUCAGCAUCGGUCAGUGGAAAGACAAGCAGGACAAUGGUAGACAAAGAAAGCGCUUUACCUACACUACAUGUACAUGUCCAGGAAGCAGUGGAGCCUUUGUCCACUGCGUGGGAUUCGGUGGCUGGUGGGCUAACCAACUUGUUCAUACUGGAUGUUCAGAACAAAGUGGGUUUAAUUAUAGCGGCAUAGGAGAUGUGGUCUAAUUAUAGCGGUACAGGUCAUGUGGUCUAAUUAGCAGCUAUUCUUUUUAUGUUAAAUAU